AUGCAUUAUAGAGGUGCUAUAUGCGACGAUGGAGGGUUUGUGCUAGAAGCUGCCUUUACUGUGGCCUUAGAAUCUGUUUCAAGUGAAGAGGAUCCCUACGAGGCUAAAGUAGUACGCACGACACCUGGAGACGUACUUGAAGCCCACAAUGCUGUGUGUUCAGUUUUAGAGGGAAAUGUUUUUGGAGUGUUCGCCCCAACGAACGAAAAAGCGUUGAAACACGUUCAGUCCAUAGCCGAUUUUCUUGAAGUUCCGCAAAUAUUGGUGGACCAGUCAGUGGCAUAUAAUCAUAAUUGGUCAGCGAUAAAUCUGUACCCACACCAUGUUGCAUAUUCGCAAGCCUUCGCCGACAUAAUUGACAACAAAGGCUGGGAAGAAUUCACUAUUAUUUAUGAAGGCGCUGAAUUACUUCCAUCUUUUGAUUCUAUUUUUGCUUUACAAGAUUUGGAAGCUGGCGGUGAAGUAUUAAUGACUGUCGUGCAAUUACCAGACGGCGACGAUUUUAGAUCCCAUUUACAAACGAUAAAAAAGUCUGGAUCUCUAAAUUACCUCGUCAACUGCAGAAGAGAGACUUUAGAAACGUUUUUACUACAAGCACAACAAGUGGGAAUUAUGUCUGAUGAACAUAGCUAUGUUAUAAUGAACCCUGACUUUCAGACCAUUGACUUGGAUCCUUUUAAAUAUGGCGGAUCUAAUAUAACAGGAGUUCGAUUUUUCGACCCAGGCGUCGAAGCCAUCCAACACUACAUAAAGAGCAUCAACGCAAAAGUAGCAGAGCUGUCCGAAGAUCAAAUACCAGAAGCAGUCACCGAAAAUGGACUAACACUCAGUUUGGCUUUGAUGUACGAUGCCGUGAUGCUAUAUGUGGCGGCCGUGAAAGCUAUGGCGCUCGAAGAUGGUUCCAGUGUCACUUGUGAGAGUGGGGCGGGGUGGGCUUUUGGAUCUACUCUGCUUAAUAAUCUCAAAACUAUGGAGAUUGAAGGAUUGACUGGUCUUAUCAAGUUUGACGACGAGGGCCUUCGUUCAUAUUUUGAGAUAGAAAUACUGGAACUUAUGGCGCAUGGCAUAGAAACGGUAGCGACUUGGAACAUCGAUGAAGGAUAUAAAGAAACAAGAGUCAUAAUACCACCAGCGGAAGUAGAGGGGUCGGAAUCUAUGAAAGGAAAACAUUUUAUUGUGUUAACAGCCUUAAGUGCGCCUUACGGCAUGCUAAAAGAGUCUCCGAAAAAACUCGAAGGUAACGAUCGGUACGAGGGUUUCGGCAUCGAGCUGAUUGACGAAUUGUCCAAAAUGAACGAGUUCAACUACACCUUUGACAUUCAGGCUGAUGGUGUAUAUGGGUCGUUAGACAAGAAGACCGGAAAAUGGAACGGCAUGAUGGAGAAGGUCAUGGACGGGAGAGCAGACUUUGCAAUCACCGACUUGACAAUAACAGCAGCACGUCAGAAAGCUGUUGACUUUACGAGCCCUUUCAUGAACCUUGGGAUAACUAUUUUGUACAAAAAGCCGACGAAACAGCCACCGGAUUUGUUCUCUUUCAUCUCUCCAUUUUCUUUAGAGGUUUGGGGUUAUCUGGCAGCAGCAUACUGCGGAGUUUCACUAUUAUUAUUCCUACUAGGAAGAAUAGCUCCAGAAGAAUGGCAGAAUCCAUAUCCGUGUAUUGAGGAACCAGAAACAUUGGACAACCAGUUCACAAUGGCUAAUUCGUUUUGGUUUACUUUGGGAAGUGUGCUGACCCAGGGAUCUGAAAUUGCUCCAAUAGCGGUAUCUACACGCAUGGCUGGAAGUAUGUGGUGGUUCUUCACUCUAAUCAUGGUAUCAUCAUACACUGCAAACUUGGCGGCAUUUUUAACAGUGGAGGCUAAAUUUUAUGCCAUAAAAUCAGUUCAAGAUUUGGCAAAUAAUCCAUAUGAUAUAACAUAUGGAGCUAAAAAAGGAGGUGCCACAUUGGGGUUCUUUAAAGAGUCUGAUAAUUUGUUGUACCAGAAAAUGUAUCAAUACAUGGAUGAACAUCCUGAGUACCAAACUUCUACUAAUGACGAAGGGCUGGCAAGAGCAAAAUCGACUGAAGAAAAUUAUGCAUUUCUAAUGGAAUCGACAUCCAUCGAAUAUAUGGUGGAGAGAAAUUGUGACGUGGCUCAAGUGGGAGGACUGCUUGAUAGCAAGGGUUAUGGAAUUGCUAUGAAAAAAAACAGCCCGUAUCGACAGCCCAUGAGCGAAUCAAUUCUGCAGCUCCAAGAAGAAGGUAAACUGACGCGAAUGAAGGAUAAAUGGUGGAAGGAGAAACGAGGUGGAGGCGCUUGUGCGGACGAUGACGCGGGAAGUGGUGAAGCCCAGCCCCUAGUGCUGGCGAAUGUGGGCGGAGUUUUCAUAGUCCUAGCUGCUGGCUCCGGUCUGGCAGUCAUCUGCGCUAUUCUCGAGAUGCUUGUUGACAUAUGGGCGAUAUCUCAUAGGGAAAAUGUGUCCUUUAUAGAAGAGCUAAAAGCUGAAAUAAAGUUCAUAAUCAGCGGCAGCAGUGAUACUAAGCCUGUUCGUCACAGGGAGCCUUCUGGAAGUGGCUCAGGAGGCUCUAAGAAGUCCAAAGCUGAAGACGAGGAGUCCCACAAGGAAGUGGAGAAUAACUUAAAUGCACCGACGCCGUCCGAACGAUCUGCGUCGCACCAUUCAAGGCAUACUUUACAUAGUAGGAGACAGAGCAAUGCCGUGCAAAUGGCUCGAAUGCGGAAAUUUAGCAAGGCAACUUACUAAUGUAUUCAAUGUGUAAUUUGACUAAAUAAUAGGAAUGACGUAGAAAAUGAUUGGAUUAAAAAAGUUUCAUCUGAAAGAAAAGUAAAAAGGCACGAAGAGAACAAAAGCACAGACUAAUAUUUUUUAGAUACAUAAUUAUUAUAGUGGAGUACCUCAAGGUAAUAUUUUGGGUUCAUUGCUUUACAUGUUUUAUAAUUCUCAAAAGUAAUAAGAAUUUAUUUUUACCGAUGACUUUACCAACAAUAAAUUCCCUAAGAUUUUAUAAUAAUGAAUUGCUUUUAUUUCCCCGAACAUUGCCAAAUAUUCAGUGACUCCCACAUUGCGUCACACGCUCCGCGUCGACCCAAAAACGCGGACACACGCCACGCAUCACUCUUAGCGUCAACUCCUAAUUAACACCCGGCCUGAGAAAUGUGCUGUCUCUGCCGGUACUGUGUCAAUCAAGCUGCUUACCGAAUAAAAAGAUCAGAAGAACCAAUAUUAGAGUAAGCUCCUGAAUUGCCGGUAUUUUUGUACCGUUUGAGAGUUUUGAGACUACUCGAGCAGAUUCUUGUUUCGUCGGUUUUAUAUCAAUUUUGAAAAUUUUUAUAGGUACUUGUAGUGUUUGUAAUGUCUUUAUGGUUUUUACACCAACUAAACUUAUCUAGCUGAACCUUUUUUUUUCAGAGGUUGUUUAAAUGUUGACAAUAAAUGCGAGUAAGAAUUUGAAAAAUCGGGGGCGUCCUUUUAGCGUUAUCUAGGGGUCCGAUUGCACGGGUUCACGCUAGAACUGAGUAGACUUGAUCAUGAGUUGCGUCGGGAAUAUAAGUGGCUUGAUUGGGUGCUCUGACGAAGGAAACAAAGAUCAGAUCAGAGUUCAAAACUUGGUACUGAAAAGACAUCGAGUGGACUGCGGGAUUUCUCCGUAUUUAAAAAC